AGGGUUUCCUUUUCUGUCCCAGGCACUUCCGGCUGGGUUUGCCAAAAGCCUUUGCAGCUCCAGGGUUGCUCUGUGUUUGUUUGCAAAUUGCAAAGGGACUUCGGAUUCGCACCCAGAGCCCGAGGGCAGACUCAAACUGGAUUCGAACACGGAGCCUGGCGCUCUGAUGGACACCUCAGAGCCCAGCAGCGCCACGGAGGAAGAGGAGGAGAAGGCAGCGGCAGAGGAGCAGCGGCCCCGGACACGGUCCAACCCUGAAGGGGCCGAGGACCGGACCCUGAGCGCCCAGGGGAGCGUGGGGAGCAGGAGCGAAGGGGAGGGAGAGGCAGCCAGCACUGGCGACAGCCCCCAAAGCGCCAAUGCCCCGGCUGCCAACGGCAAGGUCUGGCCGCCCUCUGUCCCCCCCGUGGAGUUCCAGGUCAAAACACCACGGGUGAACUGCGCCGAGAAAGUGAUUAUUUGCUUGGAUCUGUCGGAAGAAAUGUCCCACCCGAAACUGGAGUCAUUCAAUGGCUCCAAAACCAACGCUUUGAACAUCUCCCAAAAAAUGAUUGAAAUGUUCGUCCGGACCAAACACAAGAUUGAUAAAAGCCAUGAGUUUGCCUUGGUUGUAGUCAACAACGACGUGACUUGGCUUUCGGGAUUCACCUCGGACCCCAGAGAAGUUUGCAGCUGUUUGUAUGACUUGGAAACAGUGGUCUGCAAGUCGUUCAAUCUGGAAGGGCUUUUCAACCUCAUACAGCAGAAGACAGAGCUGCCUGUGACGGACAACGUCCAAACUAUUCCACCGCCUUACGUGGUUAGGACCAUCUUGGUCUACAGCCGCCCUGCGUGCCAGCCGCCUGUGGCCAUUACAGAUCAGAUGAAGAAAAUGCUGCAGUGCCCUUACUACUUCUUCGAUGUGCUCUACCUCCACAAUGGCAUCGAAGAGAAAGAGGAGGAAAUCAGCUGGAAGGAGACCUUUGCCUUCUUCAGCAACCUGGAUACCAAAGGCACCAAUUACAAGUACGAGGUGUCCCUCACCGGCCCGGCUGUGGAGCUCCACAAUUGCAUGGCCAAACUCCUGGCCCACCCUCUCCAGAGGCCCUUUCAGACUCACGCGUCCUACAGCAUGUUGGAAGAGGAGGAGGCACCCGAAAUCGAAGCCGUGGUCUGAGCGAGCGCAAGCCGAGGACGGAGCUCCUCCGACCGGGGGCCUCUCCUUGCAGGAAGGGGGCUUUUGGCCGUAUCCGGGGCCUCUGUGUGUCUUUGUAUGUGUUGUUGGGGACUUUUGUGUAUGUGUGUAUAUAGGUAUACAAUUUCUCCCCAUCUGUACAACCCCUGUGGGUUCAUUCAUCCUAUACAAUUGUAGCCCUUUGAUUCCAGGUUAAAUUGCAGUUGUUGACAUUGUCUGGAGUUUGCUGAGGCUAAGUAGAACUGGGAAUCCCCUGCAAAUUCCAGGAUGGAACCAUGGCGCUAGAAUUGAGAGCCCCAAGUCUCACCACGAAGGAAGCCGCAGGAUACUCUCCGCAAGUGUCGGGUUGUGACCCCAUCACCCUGGCCCUCUGGGACAAUGGGCUUUGUAGUCCCAGGGAUAGUUGCCACCCAUCAUGGCUGACAGAAGCCAGAUUUUCCAUGACGCCUGAAGUAGAGCCAACAAGGACUGCAUUCUUUGACAUUAAAACUCUGUUUCUUAAAA